GGCAGGCUACCGGACCAAUGGGAGCGCGGGUGGCCCGCCGGUCGGAUUGCCAAUCAGCACGGAGGGGCGGGGCUUCGCCGGGCCGCUGCUUUGUGGCCGGCACACCCCCGCGGGACGCCAUGGAGUUCCCCGAGCACAGCCGGCAGCUGCUGCGGGGACUGCGAGAGCAACGGGCCCAGGGUUUCCUCUGCGACUGCACCGUGCUGGUGGGCAGCGCCCCGUUCCCGGCUCACCGCGCCGUCCUGGCUGCCUGCAGCGCCUUCUUCCACAUGUGCUACGCCGAGCGGUUGGACAAAGGCGACUUGGUUUGCCUGAACAGCGAGAUCGUCACGCCGCCCGCCUUCGGGCUGCUCCUGGAGUUCAUGUACGAGGGGCGGCUGGCGCUGGCUGCCACGCCGCUGGAGGACGUGCUGGCGGCUGCCAGCUACCUGCAUAUGAACGACGUCGUCAAGCUCUGCAAGAAGAAGCUGCAAGCGCGGGUGCCGGCCGAGGCCGACAGCACCAAGAGGGAGGAGGACGCCCCCGGCAGCCCCCCGCUGCCGCCCGCCGCCCCCCAGCAGCGCCCACCCAGCCCCGGGGUGCCCCUCCUGGCCCUCCCCGGCCCGGCUCCGCAGGCUGGCGGCAGCGAGGAGCAGGGCGCUCCCCCCCCUGAGCUGCCGGCGUCCCGCGUGGACGUGGCCGACACCACGCAGCCCGGCAUGGAGGGCGACUGGCCCCGCGCAGCCCCCCCGGAGGUCCCCCUCCCCAGCCCCAGCAGCUCGACGGAGGCCACCCCCCCGGCCGCCUUCCCCGGGGGCGAGCUGCCUGCUCCGGGGGGGCUCUGUGCCGGGCCCUGGGCACCUGCCGCUCCCGGGGGGCUGCUGCCCGCUGCCGUCAAGGUCGAGGCCAUCGUCAUCUCCGAUGAGGAACCCGAGGCGGGCGCCCGCCGCCCCGCCGGCCUCUUCCCCGGGCCGUCCCGCGCCCCGCGGCCCACAGCCUUUGGGGAGACGUCGGGAGAACCGCUGCCCUUCGGGCUGCCAGCUCUGCGGGAGCCGCUGUUCUUGCCACCGCUGGAGGGGCGCGGGGGCUUCGGGCUUUUCGCCGAAGAGGCGCCGACCUGCCCCACCUGCGGGAAAACCUUCUCCUGCUCUUACACCCUGCGCCGCCAUGCCACUGUGCACACGCGGGAGCGUCCCUACGAGUGCCGUCACUGCCUGCGCAGCUACACCCAGUCCGGGGACCUCUACCGCCACAUCCGCAAGGCCCACAGCCACGGGUCGACCACCCGCGGCAGCGGCGGCGGCGGCGGAGCCCACGCCGAUCACGAUCGCGAUUGCGACAACCCGCCCUAAACGGGGACGGGGCGGCGGAGCCGGCGGGCGGCGGGACCCGGGGGAGCGCCGGGGGGCGGGGUCUGGGCCA